AUGAUAGUGGUUUCAGAAUUUAUUUAUUUUGAUUUCCUCUAUCCGUUUGUUUCUCAUCCCCUACUCUCACUUCCAAAUCCGUUUCUUCUCAUCCCCCCUGAAACUCUUCAACAACAACUUCACUGGGAAACUUCCACAAGAUCUGGGACAAAACUCAGACAUACAAGAUCGCUUCUCCUCCAACCCUCCGCCAGCCUCAACAACCGCUUUCUCCCCCGUCCUGACCACAUCUCCACCGGCGCCGUUUUGAUCUGCGACGACAACGUGGAGGUGGACUCAAAGUCGUUGGAAUUCGCUGUGGACGCGAUGCGGAACUUUGAAGAUGUGUUGAUGAACUUAGUGGUGGCAGAGGAGGCACAGGUGGGUCCAUUGCUGGUGGGGGCGAAGAGAGUGAGGGAUUACGGGGACGCAAGGAACGAGGGGAGGAAGGGGUGA